AUGGCAAAGAUCACUUUCUUUGAGGACAGAAACUUUGAGGCCUGCCUCUGUGAAGCCGCCACAGACCAGCCAGACCUGCGUGCCCACCUCAACUGCUGCAACUCUGCCAAGGUGGAAACUGGCUGCUGGAUCUAUGAAUGUCCCAACUACGUAGGCCAUCAGCACUGCCUGAGGAAGGGAGAAUAUCCUGACUACCAGCACUGGAUGGGCUUCAAUGACUCCAUUAGGUCUUGUAUCAUCACAUCAAUCCAGGAGUACAGCUGGCUACAGAUCUAUGAGAGGAAUGACUUCAGAGGUGGGUUGUUGGAGUUCAUGGAUAACUGCCCUUCUCUCCAGGGUGACUUUUACUACAAGGACAUCCAGUCUUGUAACAUACUUGAAGGAAGCUGGGUUUUCUAUGAAUAGCCACACAUCUGAGAACAGCAGUACCUCCUGCAGCCUGGUGAACACAGAUGAUUCACUGACUGGGGUGCCAUGACUGCAGAAGUUGGAUCCUUCCAACCAACAGUGGAUACUUCCUAA